AUGGAUGAGAACAACAUACCCGAAUAUUGUGCUGAUCCAACGGUGGAAGGUGGAGUUAUAGCUGAUUGGAGGAUAUGGAAUAAGCUGGUUUCUGAAACUGGUGUUGGCUGGAAUAGUGAGUUAGGCACAAUUGCAGCUAGCGAUGAGUGGUGGAAACAAAAAAUUCAGGAAAUUAGAGGAGCUAAAAAAUUCAGACAUGUCGGUAUUGAGCCGUCGUUGAAGAAUAAAUUUGACCGAAUGUAUUCUAACAUUGUCGCAACUGGAGCGUAUGCAUGGGCUCCUUCAUCAGGUGUACCUGCUGGUAGUGAUGUCGAUCCUGGUACAAGCAAUGCCGACAUUGCUCAUGAUGGUUUGGAAGAGGGCAGUGGUGAUUUGGAGGAAGAUGUGAUUCCAGAUUUCCAGACUGACAUGGCUCGAAUGGUUGGAGGGAUAAAUAUGUCUAACAGCAGCAACACAACAAGCGGUGGCAAAAGAAAAGAACGAGAUCAUUAUGAUGUGCGAGGUAGAAAGAAGAAAACAGCUGGAAUUGGUGUUCAACUGCUGUCAAGGUGCAAUCAUCUACUUGAGAGUAUGUCGACUAAGAGUGAUUCGACUUCUUUGAAUAUGGAUCGCGAAGGUUGUAGUAUUCGCAAGGUGAUGGAUGAGCUGCACUCAAUUCCUGGAGUUUCAAUUGAAGAUGAGUUUCAUGACUUCGCUACGGAGUAUCUCAGUUUAAGAAGGAAAAGAGAAAUGUGGGCUAGUAUGGGUGAUAAGCAACAAAAGUUGAGAUGGUUGCAACGAAUGUAUGCACGAACUAAACGUGCUUAG